CGCUGCUGCUUCUGGAUUCUCGUCUGGCCUCUACAGUCUCAGUCUGGACCUCGGGCUCGGCCUCGUCCUCGUGUCAGCGUGAGCAAUGUCCAAGAAGACGCCCGGGGGGAGCCGGUCCAAAGGGGAGCGGGGCGACGCCAUGUCCGCCCUGCAGGCCGCCAACGAGGAGCUGAGAGCCAAACUCACCGACAUCCAAAUAGAACUGCAGCAGGAGAAGAGCAAGGUGAGCAAGCUGGAGCGUGAGAAGACGCAGGAGGUGCGUCAUGAGCAGAACAAGUCGACGGUGGUGGUGACGGAGCUACGGGCCAAGCUGCACGAGGAGAAGCUGAAGGAGCUGCACAGCGUCCGCGAGACCCUGCUGAGGCAGCACGAACAGGAGCUCAUGAGGGUCAUCAAGAUCAAGGACGGAGAGAUACAGCGGCUACAGGGACUGGUGGGGGCGCUGCGUGACGGGCCACCGGACAAGCUGCGCCUGGCCCUGGUGGCGGAGGUGCGCGAGGAGGCGCGUCGAAACUUCGAGGGGGAGCGCGGGCGUCUGCAGCAGGAGAUCGUGGAGCUGAAGGGGGCCAAGCGGCAGAUGGAGGAGGCGCUUAGCACCGCCCUGCAGGCCGACAAGACCAAAGCAGCCGAGAUACGCAGCGUCUACCACCUCCACCAGGAGGAGAUCUCACGCAUCAAGAGGGAGUGCGAAAAGGAGAUACGACGACUGAUGGAUGAGCUAAAGGUAAAAGACAGAGCGGUGGCGGGGCUGGAGAAGGAGCUGGGCGUGCAGACAGGCGUGGCCCAGCGUUUGGCCCUGCGCGAGGCCGAGCGGCCGGCCACCAGCCCCAAGGCCGAGCCUCCUUACUCAAAUAGUGCAGGAGACUCCCCCGAGGCCACUGCCAGCCCUGGACAGCAGCUGGACGAGAAGGACGCGCGCCGCUUCCAACUGAAGAUCGCCGAGCUGAGUGCCAUCAUCCGCAAGCUGGAGGAUCGCAACGCCCUGCUGUCCGAGGAGCGCAACGAGCUGCUGAAGCGCCUGCGUGAGGCUGAGAGCCAGUAUAAGCCGCUGCUGGACAAGAACAGGCGACUGAGCCGCAAGAAUGAGGAGCUGGCUCACAACCUCAGACGCAUGGAGAACAAACUACGUUUCGUCACGCAGGAGAACAUCGAGAUGAGGGAGAAGGCUUCGUCCAUCCGGCGUCCAAGCUCCCUAAACGACCUCGACCAGAGCCAGGAGGAGCGUGAGAUCGAGUUCCUCAGGCUACAGGUCCUCGAGCAGCAGAACAUCAUCGACGACCUCUCAAAGGCACUUGAGACCGCUGGAUACGUGAAAAGUGUCAUCGAGAGGGACAUGCUGCUCAGAUACAGACGACAAGGAGGACGCAGGAGAUCCCUCAAGCCAUGCAAGCCGGUGAUAGAGACGUUCUUCGGGUACGAUGAAGAGGCGUCUCUGGACUCAGACGGCUCAUCCAUCUCCCACCACACCGACCGCACACCCUGCACCCCAGAGGACGACCUCAUGGAGGAGGGCAUGAUAAGGGAGGAGACAGAGCUGAGGUUCCGCCAGCUGACUCAGGAAUACCAGGCUCUGCAGAGGGCUUACGCGCUGUUACAGGAGCAGGUCGGGGGCACCUUCGAUGCAGAGAAAGAAGUCAAGAUGCGAGAGCGGAUGGAAGCUGAACUCAUGCGAUACCAAACCAGAGUGCAAGACUUGGAGUGUGUGUUAAGUCAACAGGGUCAGGAUACGAAGUGGAUUGAAGAGAAGCAGGCGCUGUAUCAAAGGAACCAAAGCCUUGUCGAGAAGAUCAAGACAUUGGAAUCGGAGGAGAGCCGUUUGAAGAACGAGGUGCAGGACACAAGAGACCAAAAUGAGCUUUUAGAGUUCCGUAUUCUUGAACUUGAAGAGCGAGAGAGGAGAUCUCCAGCCAUAAACUUCAAGAAUAUCUACUUCAACGAGGGCAUCAGUCCCCUGCAGGUCUACUGUGAGGCCGAGGGUGUAAACGACAUAGUGAUCGUGGAGAUGAUGAAGAAGCUGGAUAUUCUGGGGGAUAACGCCAAUCUCACCAACGAAGAGCAGGUGGCCGUCAUUCAUGCCAGGACUGUUCUGACUCUGGCAGAGAAGUGGCUGGAGCAAAUCGAGGUGACCAAAACCCAUUUACAACAGAAAAUGCUGGACAUUGAGUGUGAGAAGGACCUCUUCAGUAAACAGAAAGGAUAUUUAGACGACGAGCUGGAUUACAGGAAGCAGUCUGUAGACCAGGCACAUAAGCGUAUCCUGGAGUUGGAGGCCAUGUUGUUUGACGCCCUGCAGCAGGAGGCGGGGGCCAAGGUGUCCGACCUGCUGUCGGAAGAGGAGCGCACCUCCCUGCAGCGCGCCGUGGAGCAGUGGAAGAGGCAGGUGCUGAGCGAGCUGAGGGAGAGGGACGCACAGAUCCUCCGCGAGAGGAUGGAGUUGGUGCAACACGCACAGCAGAGAAUAAAGGAAUUGGAGGAAUGGAUAGAAGCACAGCGACGGCAGAUAAAGGAGUUAGAAGAAAAGCCUUCAUUCUUUGGUCGUAGUUUCUCCGGCAAGCCAGUUCAGUCUGCUGUGUCUGAUGAAAGGCCUUCAGCGGAGCGGUCUAUCCUGAGGAGGAAAGGAUAACAUAAUAUGCUGUUGGACUCAUGACACAAACAGAGACUGACGACAUUACUGGUUACGCCGUGAACUACGUCUACUACUAUAGAACUAUGGUGCUCACUAAGGGACAAAAGGAGAAGGCCCCUUUUUACAAAACAAAAAACAAAAAAAGUACUCGGAUGACCGUUGGAUCAGUGUGAUGGAUUUGGUGCAUUGUGGGAAUUUAAGGGACUCUUAAAUCGAAGCACUCCCACUCUCUCUCUCUCUCUGUUUCCCUGCUACGCAGGCAGUGCUGGUGGCUAUACUGCUUCCCUGUGGAAGCCCUGAGAAAAAAAUGGAGAUGUGUUACCAUGGCAACUCUGCCCCCAGUGUUUACAUGAUGAUGCAAUGAGGCACGCAGCCAAUCCCUGUGGAGUUCGCUGCCACCAGCUCUUCCAUUGCAAUUACACAGAGAUGAACACUCUAUGGCCAAAUCUUUGAAACUGGAACUAGAGCUCGAGCUGAAACUGUAACGUAUUUUCUUAUUUGUGGAGAGAUUGACACAGAGAAAUUCUGAAAAAAAUGUGGAUUCUUUUUUUUCACAUUUGGUUUCCCCCUUUCUCCCAAUUUUUGAAAACCUCUAUAUCCCUUCCUCUCACUAACGAGUGGGAAAGCAAGUAAAAGCUCCUUUCCCCACCACAGUGUUUAACAAGCGGCCCCCACUACCGUGUUCACAGGCCUGUUUACCUCAGUGACCCGGUGACGGUCAGACCCUGGCUAGAUGAGAGACAGAGGCGGUGGUGUAAGAAAAGGAAAGGUUGUGCUGUAGUUGGAGUGGAGUGGAGUGGAUUGGGUGUGGUGUUGUGGUCAUCCUACAGUAGGGAGGGGAACAUGGAUUGGUUUACCCAGCGAGUUGCUCCUCAAUGCUGCCAACCUCAGGCUGUCAGGCUGUUACAGUGUGCCCUCCUCAGGCCACAGCUGGUGGUACAGUCCACUGGUCUGCACAGGUGUGUGUGACGUCGCUGACCUCGCCACUCCGCACAGCUGCGUGACGUCACCAGUUUCCAGAGCUGGUGGUGGUAGUACUCAUCAUGCACAGGUGUGUGACAUCCCCACUGGUCUGCACAGGUGUGUGAAGUCCACAGGCCACAGCUGGUGGUACAGUCCACUGGUCCGCACAGGUGUGUGAAGUCCCCAAUCUGCACAGAUGGGAGUACAGUCGACAUGGUCCGCACUGGUGUGUGAAGUCCCCAUUCUGCACAGGUGUGUGAAGUCCCCAGUCUGCACAGGUGUGUGGGUUUGGCACACAGCCUAUCAGGAUGCAUCCUAGAGAACUGCUCCUCUGAAGACGCCGUCGCCAGCCACACACAACCACAGAGGACUGAAGAGAGAGUCCAUACACUUGCCACGUUGACAGGGGACAUACAGUACAUCCACAUCAACUCUCUGUGGCCUGACAUGACGUUCUUGACCCCCAGCAGCAGCAACAGCAGGACUCUUCCUUUGCUCGUCCACGCAGGGCUACGGGUCUCGUCCUGCACUUCUCCGACUGCCAGGUGCUCUCGUCCUCCUCAGCACCGCACCUCCUCUCUGCAGCCUCGUCUUCAACCUCCUCCUCCACCACCACCACCACCUCCUCCUCUUCUCACAGCUCCUCAUACAACCCUAUAAAUGAUAACUCCACAACGACACCUCCUGCCACCUCCUUGAGGCAUCUUAACCUGUCUGUCCGUCCGUCCCCACAGUCUUCAUCCUGGCUCAGACACACUGCAGUGAGAGACGAUUGGCUCUGACAUACUACUACCUGAAUAUGUCACAAUGGACAUUUCUCAAAACCUAGUGUGCGCACCUCCAAGUAUAUUCAGCCUAAUUAAUCAUGCCCAGUGAUUUGAUACUUUUUAUUAGUCACACCCAGUGAUUGGAGAGUUCACCAAAGAGUAUGCUAUUACUGGGCAUGACUAAUUAAGCUGAUACACUUGGAAGUGUGCGCACUAGGUUUGAGAAAUGCCCUGUCCUUUUAAGACGGGAGCGUUUUUGAUCUGUGUGUUUGAUGGUGCGUUUCACCCGAAGCUGCAAAGAUGUCUAUGUGUGUGCUUGCUCUAUGCAGACACAUAUCUGUAAAUGCCUUAAUUUGAAUGAGUUUUCUUUUGAUGGAGCCUUACGAUAAAUAUUAUUAUUAUUAGGAAUAUGUUUUUAACUGUCCACCAUAUUUAUUUUGCAUUAAAAUAAAGCAACCAGAUUUACUCUGUAAUGGUUGUGACUCAAAGUGAAAGAAAUAAA